AGCAGCCAUUAGAGGAGUCAUGCUUUCUUAGUACUCCCACAGGAAGCACAUGAUUUAGCAGAAAUGUUGGGUCCUGAAGGAUUUCAGGCAGACUAGUUUUUGCAGACAUGCUUCUGUCUUCCUUUCGUUGUAGAGGGUUCACUUUGUAUGCCGAGGAGCAAAUAUUGCUGACUGAUAUGACCUUUAGCCAGUGCCUGUGAAACCUGCAAACAUGGACGAGCGAGCACGCAGCAGCCUGUUAGUGAAUCGGGUGUCAAUCAUCAAGGACCUGAAAGUCCAACACGUCAUCAACCCCCUUCUCAGUGCCAAGGUCCUGACUUUGGACGAUGAAGAAGAAAUCUUCGCAGAAACUACAUCCAAGAGACGCGCAGCAAAACUCCUGGACAUCCUGCCUUCUCGUGGGAACCUCGCCUUUGUCUCUCUCUACAAGUCACUCCAAGAUCAGUACUCACAUCUGGCUGAACUCUUAGCAAAAGAUCUCCCCACUAGUGAUAGGCUUGAAAAGAUUCAAAAUGGGGGGAAACGUAAGAUGAGCACCAUUGAUGUAGAGACGGUGUUGGUAGAAGGAGGGGUGCCCCCCAGGCCCCGUGUAUUCAUCAAAAGGCCAGUACAGUCGCAGCAAAUCCGUAACGCUCUUCAGCAGCUGAAAGACGAGCCAGGAUGGGUGGUGGUGCAUGGCAUGGGUGGUUCAGGCAAGUCCGUUCUAGCAUCAGAAGUAGUGAGAGACCAAGAACUGUUAGAAGAGUGCUUCCCAGGAGGCGUCUUCUGGGUGUCCCUAGGACAGGUAGACAAACCAAUGCUGCUUAUGAAGAUGCAAAACCUAUGUUCACUGUUAGAUAAGGAGCACCAAGCUCCGCCUCGAAAUGCAGAAGAAGCCAAAGACAGGCUGCGCCUUCUCUUCACCCACCAGCAUCCGAGAGCCCUUCUGAUCCUAGACGAUGUGUGGACAGCCAGGGAUGCCAAGAUGUUUGACGUUCGCUGUCGCACAAUGGUCACCACCAGAGACUCCAGUGUCACAGAUGCAGUGAGAGGAAACAUCAGCAUGGUCCCCAUCAGAGAAGGCUUCAGCAAGGAGCAGUCAGACGAGGUCCUGGCCACAUGGACAGAAACUAAAGUGUCAGAUCUCCCACCAGAAGCUGGCCAGAUCUACACAGAGUGUGGGGGGCACCCCCUGGCUAUCUGCAUGAUAGGUGCCCUGCUAAAGGACCACCCAAACAGAUGGCAGUAUUACCUGAAACUCCUACAAAACAAGAAGAUGAGCAAGUUCAAGAAGACACUUCCCUACGAAUACCAGUCCCUCGCUGAAGCUAUUGCCAUCAGUGUCGACCAUCUUGACACAGAAAUCCGUGAUCUGUACCAACAGUUCGCUGUAUUUGACAAUGACACCUUGGUACCUACUCAAGUGCUGAGCAUUCUUUGGGCAGAAGAGAUAGAAUUUGUAGAGGACACAAUGGAUGAACUGUGUAAGAAAUCUCUAGCCUUUCAAAGUUGGGAUGAGAAACAAAAAACGUUUGUUUACACUGUCCACGACCUUCAGUUGGACUAUCUGAAGGAACAGUGCGACGACAUGCAGUCGUUACAUGCGACACUUGUCAGCAGGUAUGAGAAAGUCUGCAAAGGUGAGUUCCACACUCUACAAGAUGAUGGGUACAUCCACUGGCACAUGGAGGAUCACUUGGCAGCUUCAGGUAGGGUCAAUGACCUUUGUAGCAUCCUGUCAAGCCUGGACUGGGUAGGGUCAAAGGUCAAAAUCACAGGCCCAUCCUUCCUUGUUGAACAGUACGUCAAGCACGGGAAAAUCCUAUGUCAGAAUCGUGGACAGCAACUGCGAGACUUUGAAAGCUUCCUCCGCACUAACUUGCACCGGUUCUUUGAAGACCCCUUCCCUGACAUCAUUCAGCUGGGGUUAAACCAGUACAGCAAGUCUGAGGUGUACCAGCAAGCCCUCUCACGUGCCACACAGAAUGACAGCUGCUACUUUGUCUGGAGUGGGAAGGACACAGUGAAAGAUCCCACCCAGCUGACUGUGAAGGUCCACAGUGGUGGCGUGCACUUUGCCAAGUUCUCUCCCGAUGGGAACCGGGUGGCCUCCUGUGGAGAGGACUGCAGUAUCAAAGUAUGGGAUGCCCACACAGGACAGGUGCAGCUGACCCUAGAGGGCCACAGAGAUGUGGUGUACUGCUGCGGAUUUUCCCCAGAUGGUGCCACCAUAGUGUCCUGCGCUGCAGAUCGGUUAAUCCAUGUAUGGAAUGCUGCUAACGGCAAGCUUAUGCACACGUUUCACGCCUUCAAACGUGUCACGCCCUGUGGAACACCAACGCGCACACCCUCCUUUGGUACUGGCAGGCGAAGGCUCACCGAUCCUCCACUGAUGCCCCGAUCACGAGACCCAAGCCCCACUUCAAUGUUCCCCGUGUUUUCUGUCAAGUACUCUCCAGACGGCACCAAGCUGGUAUGCUGCUCAGGGGAGGGUUUGGUGAAGAUUCUGGACAGCAUCAGCGGUGCAGAGCUCCACACAUUUACAGCUCACACAGACUCGGUUAGAUGCUGCGACAUCUCCACAGAUGGAAGCCUUGUUGUAUCUGCUUCCACAGAUGGCACAGCUGUUGUCUGGGACACAAAGUCAGCCAAACAGAUUACAACUUACAGCGGACACAACAGGUCAGCUUUAACGGCAUGCAGCUUUAAGCCUGAAAGUCACGUGGUGGCAUCAAGUGCUGAUCACCAGGUUCAUGUGUGGGACGCAACAACAGCAGAAAAGUUAGGAGUCUGCAAAGCCCACAAGUCAACUUUCAUACAGCAUUGCUGUUUCUCCCCUGAUGGUAGCCUCAUAGCUGGUGGACUGUCAAACUUCUCAAUACACCUGUGGGAUGCAGAGAGCACGGAGUGUGUAGCCAUGCACUAUGGCCACACCAUGUGGGUAUACUGUGUUGCCUUCUCUGCAAACGGGAAGCAACUGCUGUCAUCAUCAGAAGAUGAAAAGGUCAUCCUGUGGGACGUUGAGGGUGCAAAAAGAAUCGACUACAUGGGCUUGAAACGUGACUUUGAUGUGAACUUUGAUGCGGAUCCGUUCGUAAUCAUAGCCCCAGAUAACAACGACACGCUUCGUGUGAUGAAGGGAAACCAGGCUGAAGUAGUGCAUCAGUCUGACGUUUCCUUUGCAAAGUCGCGGAUCAGGGCAUGCUGCAUUUGCCCCAGUGGAGACAAGGUGGCGUACGGCUGUGAGGACGGAGUCGUCAAGCUUCUCCACUUCACGCCAACCGGAGUGAAGUCCCGUGAGCUGGUAGGCCACAACGAGGCGGUGAGAUGCUGCAGCUUUUCCCGCGAUGGUCGAGUUUUGAUCACAGGAGGCGAUGACAGCAAGGUUCUGAUCUGGGAACUACAGAACAAGACUUCUAUUGAAUGUGUUGGGCACAGGGAAUCAGUCAGACACCUCAAAGUGUUCAGCCCUAAGCGUAAGAAAUUUCUGACUGCAUCCUACGACGGGACCAUCAAGGUCUGGGACAUGAUGUGGGGCAUGCAAGAAUUCUCGUGCGAAGACGAAAACGAACAGUGGGUGUUAUCUUGUGACCUGUCUCCUGACGAGUCAAAGAUAGCAUCCACAUCUGUCGAUCGUGCCGUCCGCAUCUGGGACGCAAAAGAUGGAGCAUUGCUGCAUAAGUUCACGGGACACGUGGACUGCAUCCGUAGCUGUGCCUUCAACCUGGACAGUUCAAUCUUAGCAACUGGCGAUGACGCUGGUUAUGUGAAGGUUUGGGACAUAGAGAAGGGAGAAGAAAUUGUCACUUGUGAUCACCACUCUGGGGGCGGAGUGUGGGUGAGAGGCCUGCAGUUCUCCAGCGAUGGAAAACAGCUCGUUUCCGCAGCCAACAAUGUGAAGUGGUGGACGGUAGAUGGGAAACUGCUGCAGACAUUCCACAUCAAGGGCAGCUUUGUGAAAUCUCUGCAAGCAUCCAAAGACUUUAAAACAUUUGUGACUAUCGACAGCUCAGGCUUCCUGUACAUCCUGAACUUGGUAGAGAAAAAGUGAGGCAAAAUGUAAGCAGCCCAGAGGUCUUGAGCCAAAACAGUAAUUGCUAAAAUUGUCAUUUAACUUUGCUAAGUUUCAAUGGUUAUACAAGUUUCAUUUGUAAACUAGAUCACCUCACCAUCAUGUCAGGGCUUGGACUGCAGAAAAGGUACUGGAUUCCUGUUUUCUGCAACAUUUGCUUUAUUCUAGCUUACAUACACCACAAAUUGUGGUGUAUGGUUUCUUAUGAAAUGUAAAAAUACAAAUUAAUUGUUACAGAGUAACCCUGUAAUAAGAUGAUAAACCCUUGGCAAGGGUGAGGCUACUGUAACAGUGAAGUAAGACAUCUUCCUGUACUACAUACAAUACAUGUAUGUACCAGUAUUACCAAACUUAGAGCACAUGAUAUACCUAACUGUUCUGGUGCCUUUUCAUUUACAUUCAAUAUGUAGCUUUAAUCUAUUCAUAUUGAAUGUCAGUUUUGUUGUACUAAUCUAGUACUCAGAAAUUGCCUUAAAUCCAUUCCUUUUAUGUUCUUUCCAUUUUAUCUGUGAGGAUCCUUAGACAAUGGAUGCCUGUUAAUCUUUCAUUCCAUCAUGACUUGUAAUCCCUGUAAAACUUUUAAUAUUCGCGGUGGUUUUGCGCUGAUCUUUCUACCGCAAAAUUGUGACUCCCUGAAUAGGAGUGUUGUCGUACCUCCUUCCCCCCUAUGCCCAAGAACCGAGCAAGUGUUCAGAUCUAACAGAUAUACCUGUGCGUGACUUCUUCUACACUGAUCAUGAUCUGUUAAACAAACAUUCAUGCCUUGAACACAUUCCUUUUUUUGACCUUUGCUGAGAAAGCUUUGUUUUCAGGUCUGUCUGUCAGUGUGCUUGAACAAAAUACGUUACGUUAUACAGUAUUUCAGCACAAGAAGCAUUUUGUACUUUACUUUGUAAACCCCUGAAAAGUGACAUGCAUGGCAAUUUAUACAGGCCAUAAUCCAGUGGCGCAGUUAAGGUCGAUGUACUCAUAUUCGUGGCACGGCCAUUUGUUUAAGAAAUCAUUAUCAGUGCAGGAUUUGCACACCCCUCCUACACCUUAAACAUUCAUGCAGUUCAGGCAAACAGAUCGCCGAAGCCACUUCGGCAAAUGACUAUGUGCUCAUCUGUUGAAAAAUCGACAGGAGAAUCGAUUGAGAAUCAGAUCAGUGCAUGGGGAGUCACACUACAGGCAUAUCUGUCGGAUCUGGACAUUCAAAACAAGGCAAGGAGCCAAUUAUUAUGCAAGUUCAUUCAUUGUUCCGCAUAAUAUCUCAUUGAUCAGAUAAAGACGAUAUUAACCCUUUAAAUAUCUUCUGAUUCAUUAUCAAUGUCAUAAAUGUCAUUUCUUCAAGUAUGAUGAAGAAACUGUUAGGAUUAAAUCAGAAGGAGGCCUACUGGAAAUGUGUUCAUUUCUAGGCCAUGUGCCAUAAUGGUUUCUGAUAUUGUUUCAACCGUGAACUCAAAUCACCCUUAAACAAUCCUUCCCGCUCCUACCACGAAAUUUAUCCUUGCAAACAUAAAUCAAUUUACAGUAAGCCAUGCAUAAAUGAUUCCUACCAUUCUCCUUUUUUCUUAAAAUUUUGUGCAUGUAGGUGUAAUGUAUUUGCUCCAUUAUAAAAAAGGGCUGUAUAAAAGUUAUUCAUACAUUUCUUAUAUUAAUUUUUUGUCUGGUUACAAUGGCACAAAAGGGCUUGGAUACCUUCAAAUUUCAAUGUUCAGAUGAUCAUGGUAUCAGACCCUAUUUUUUUUUUUAAACUUCAAAUUCAUUUAGAUAUACCAUUCUUGCUUGUGGAAAGGUGCCCAUGAAGUUUAAUUGUGGGAAUUUGGGCUGAAUACUGUGAUGAACUAAAAGUGUACAAGCUUCCAUAUGUCUACUGUAUUGUAGUUGUUGAACAUGAAUAUUAUGCAUGUACACAAAUGAACCUUAAGCUGCUCAUUGUAAAAGAAGUGUGAAAGUCUGUAAUUGUACAUUGUGCCUAAUGUCCCUGCAGUAAUUGUGUAGAAUUUAAUGCUUGUAUGUUGCCCACUUUGUCCUUGUCUAAAGUUGUAGUUACUCUAUUCAUGGACUAUUUCUUACUGGCAGUUGGCCUUAAGAAUGUAAUGUUACAAAGCGUUAAAAGAUAGAUGCUGCAAAACUUUUCUAAAUGGAUUUCUGAUGGGUUAGGUGUGCAUAGAACAUGUGUGCUUUAGGAAGUUGUGUAUACUGAAAUGAACUUAAUUGUAUUCUCUGUGUUUAAUGUAACAAUUUUGUAAGUUUUCUACAGGGUGUUUAUAUUUUACAUUUCAACGUGUUUUAGACCUUGAAAUUGUAGGUGCGUUAUUGCAGCGAUAUUUGCAAUGCUGCAUAUGUUUAACGCUAGUUCACCGUUUUCUACGGAGUAACCUAUAUACAUUGUUUUUAAAAGCAUGGUAUUAAGGGCUUUCAAGUCAACAAACGUGCUUUCAAUCUGCAAUACAGUAUUUUGACUUGAUAUCUCUAAACACCCUGUUUUUACAAACAACGGAUAUAGGGUACCCCAAAGAUAAAGAUGAGCUGGCAUGAGCUGUACAAGACAUGAAACAAACACGUAAGCUUCAAACUUGAAACAGCAAAUAAUCGUGUCUUAUGUAAAAUAAUCUGUAAGUCAAUGCACAUCAUGGCACCAUGUAAUAACUAGCUUAGGUUUUAAGUAAUGUAAAAUGCUGAACCAUUAUCAUAUAUUUUGAUCCUUUGAUGUUGACAGAAAUGUGUGAAAUGACUUUUUCAACUUCUAAUUCAAUCCAGGUUUCAGUGUUAAUGCUAAUAUAUUUCAUGACAUUACACGAGACAGUUAAAACAGUGAAGUCUUUUUUUGCAAUUUUGCUACAACAUUAUCUCAUAGCACGCUUGAGGGUUCCAUGCUUCUCCAAAAUAAUCUUUCUUACAUAGCAGGUGCUAUGUGUUUGAUUUGUUUGGUCUGAAAUCAUUACUGCCACAGUCAGUUCACAUCAAUUCAGAUUACAUAGCUACCAUAGUUUUAAGUCACUGUUUAUAGUUUCUCACAAGAUUUUAUCCAUAUCUCAAUGUCAUUUUCAUGUCAUCUUAAAUCCAUAAUAGAUAUGUAUUGUUCCAAAGUGUACUAGUAGAUAGUUUCAAAUGCUGGUGGUAAAGUUAAAGUUGCAAUGUGACAUGAUGUAUGUGUAUACAAGGUGGAGGAGAAUCAAUGACAAUGUAUGUGUAGGAGUUUUAUACAGCAAAUUCAGAUGUCCAAUAUCUGCAUGCUCUUGCUCUCCAAAAUCAAUUGAGAUUGAUUAAAACGUAUGCAUUGUUGAGGAAA